AAAACAAAAACAAUAAUCCAAUCAGCCUUAGAACCCAUAUCUUCUCAAUGGGGAGCCAAAUGAAGAAGCAAUGGCAUCAAUUUGUUUGUGCUUUAGCAUUUUUCUUGAUUGCCACUUGCACUAUGGCAUAUUCAACUGAUUCUUAUAAAUCAUCAGUUGCAUCAUAUAAUCAAGUACCAAGCCAAGUACCAAACGAUUACAAGGUACCCUCAGUGCCUAAACAAGAAUACAAGGCACCAUCUUUGUCAAAGGAUAACUACUACACGAAGCCAUCAGUUUCAAAAGAUGACUACAAGAAGGUGCCAUAUGUUCCAAAAGAUAGCUACUAUAAAGCAGUCGCAGUGCCUAAGCCGGAAUACAAGGCGUCAUCUUUGCCAAAGAAUGAGUACUACAAGAAACCAUCUGUUCCAGAAUAUAACUACAAGAAGGUGCCAUCUGUUCCAAAAGAUAACUACUACAAAGCACCCGCAGUGCCUAAGCCGGAAUACAAGGCGCCAUCUUUGCCAAAGAAUGAGUACUACAAGAAACCAUCUGUUCCAGAAUAUAACUACAAGAAGGUGCCAUCUCUUCCAAAAGAUAACUACUACAAGGUACCUUCAGUGCCUAAACAGGAAUACAAGGCGCCAUCUUUGCCAAAGAAUGACUACUACAAGAAGUCAUCAAUUCCAAAAGAUACCUACGCCAAGGUGCCAUCUCUUCCAAACGAUAACUAUUACAAGGCUCCCUCAACACCUAAACAAGAAUACAAGGUGCCAUCUGUACCGAAGAAUGACUACUAUAAAAAGCCAUCAGUUCCAAAAACUGACUAUUACAAAGUACCCUCAAUGCCUAAACAAGAAUACAAAGUGCAAUCUUUACCAAAGAAUUACUACUACAAAAAACCAUCAGUUCCAAAGAAUGACUACUAUAAAAAGCCAUCAGUUCCAAAAACAGACUAUUACAAGAUGCCCUCAAUACCUAAACAAAAAUACAAAGUGUCAUCUGUACCAAAGAAUGACUACUACAAGAAACCUUCAGCUUCUCCUCCACCGCCAUACUACUAUAAUUCGCCCCCUCCUCCUUUACCAUCACCACCACCUCCUUACUCUUAUCAAUCAUCUUCAACUCCUUCUUCAUCACCACCUCCACCAUAUUAUUAAAUUCUCAUCUUUCAUGUUCAAACAUGUUUCGAGAAGGCCAUUUUCCAACACAACAAAAUCUUAAGGGUCUUGAGUGGAAGGCUUGAUAUCAAAAUUUGUAUUACUUCAUUAUUUGUAAUUUCUGGGGUUGGUUGCAGCUCAUGUUUUUCCAUUUUAUAGUAUGUCUCAUUAUCGAAAUUCUGAGAAGAUUAGUUCAAUUUAAUGCAAAUUCUUUUUGUCGA